GACUACCCACCCCCACCCCAAGCCUCACCCGGCAGUGCUUUCUUCCCUGUGACGGCUGAGGACUCUUUCCGCCCACGGCUGGGCUCGGACAGGAGAAUGAAAGGUCUCCGCUGGCAUUACACCCGGCUGCCCAGCCAGGCGGAGGACGCUCUGCCUGUGGAGGAGGGUGAGGAAGAGAAGACAGCCCCAGCCCCAUUGUCAGCUUCUGUUCCUGAAGAUCCCGUGGAGCCCCAGCUGGCGGAGGCCAGCCGGAUUCUAGGAGCCUCAGAGAUCAGGCAGCUCAGCCUCCACCUCCCGCCAAGAGUCACCGGACAUUCCUGGAGCCUGGCCUUCUGUACGUCAAGAAAUGGCUUCAGCCUACGGAGCCUUUACAGGCAGAUGGAAGGCCAAAGUGGGCCAGUGCUGCUGGUGCUGAGGGACCAGGACGGGCAGAUGUUUGGGGCCUUCUCCUCCUCGGCUAUUCGACUCAGCAAAGGCUUCUACGGUACUGGCGAGACAUUUCUCUUCUCCUUCUCCCCACAGCUGAAGGUCUUCAAGUGGACAGGAAGGAAUUCUUUCUUCGUGAAAGGAGACUUGGAUUCACUCAUGAUGGGCAGUGGCAGUGGCCAGUUCGGACUGUGGUUGGAUGGAGACUUAUAUCAUGGCGGAAGCCACCCAUGUGCAACCUUCAACAAUGAGGUGCUGGCCCGGCGAGAGCAGUUCUGCAUCAAGGAGCUGGAGGCCUGGGUCCUGAGCGGAUGCACCCAUGGUGGGAAGCUUCCAGAAGCAACAAGUGCCCAGACCUGCUCAUGAAUGCCUUCUAGACUCUCCUUACAGAGGGCUGUCCAUUUUCCCUGAUGCUUGGAUGACUAUGGUUUGUAAGCAAUCCUCGCUGUGGCCUGGGGACCCAAGACAGUCAUGGAAACAAGCAGUGUUCUCCUGGGGAUGUGACUUGGAAGGAGUGAAAGGCACUCACACCUCACCUGGGCAGCACAGAGUCCCUCAUGAAAUUUCUUUUUAUGUAUUUAUUGUUUUAAGUAGGCUCCAUGUCCAUCAUGGAGUUCAAAUUCAAGACCCCAAGAUUAAGAGUUGUGUGUUCCACCGACUGAGCCAGCCAGGCACCCCCUGAAAUUUCUUUUUAGAGAUUAUACAAUGAAUACAUGUUUGUUGUAGAGAAAACAGAAGACAUUUAAAAAGUUAAA